AUGCUUUCCAUACAGCCAGACUCGAAUCUCAUGGCGCCGCAGGAUGCGCACCUGAACAAAAAAGUAUUUGCGCGCGAACACCGGGUCACCAGAGGAGACGUCACCGGGCCAUCGAGACAUCUCUGGUAUCAGUUGGAAGUCCUCCAGCAGCCUCAACGUGCGAGAGCUUGUGGCUCCGGCCCCAAAUCCUCCGCAGAUCGGCGCCCGGUUGACCCUCCGCCUGUCGUCACUCUCAAGGUCUAUGAGGGUGAGCAUUACGACACUGCCAAAGACAUUACUUUUGACUACAAUGUCGACUUCUUCUGCUACGCCUCAUUGGAACACGCACGUCCUAUGGCUCACGGGAGGGUGAACACUCCCGCCACCACUACCCCUCCCGUUCUAACCGGUUUCCCCGUUGCGGGUUGCUGCUAUCUGGACCGGCCCGAUCCUGCUGGUUAUUUCUUGUUCCCGGACCUGUCCGUCCGCCAUGAGGGACGCUACCGCCUGGUAUUCAGCUUGUACGAGCUCAUCAAGGAGGGCGCGGACCUGGAUCGUGACUCGCCCCUGCGAGUUGAUGGCGACCCCGGCGACGCCAGCCAUCGGAUGGACCUCAAGUCAACUGACUUUACGGUCUUUAGCGCCAAAAAGUUCCCCGGUCUGAAAGAGAGCACGCCCCUGAGCCGCACUGUUGCCGAGCAGGGUUGUCGUGUUCGCAUACGACGUGAUGUACGCAUGCGACGACGUGAUACCAAAGCAUCUGCGCCCCGUGAUUAUGACAACAAUGCUGAAGACGAGUAUUCCCAACGUCGCAGAACGCAGACUCCAGAAGGCUAUCGUGCCCGGUCGGUGAGCAACUCUAGCAUGGAUCGAACGGCUUUCCCAGACCAGCGCCGGCCUUCGAAUGUUGAGUAUGGAGCGCCUCCGCCUCCGAUGUACCAAACUAGUCAACCCGCGGCGUUGCUCAACUUUGGUGGGAACCCUUCGUUUGCGCAACCGUUUGGGCCCGCGCAGGUGUCACACCCGCACUCCACCCCGGUGUCUCCCGCUCAGCCCAUGUUCCCCGUCGCCAACUUCCAACCACCGCCAUCUCCCAGCUAUGCACCGUCUGGUUAUUCACAUUACGACCCUCCUGAACUAGACACCAAGAGACGGUCAUCGGGUCCUUAUCCCCUCGUGUCUGCCAGGCCGCCCGUGAACUACGGUCCCAGAUCGUCUAUUGCAUCUACCACUUCGACGGGGUAUAUGCCUCUCCCCCCGAUACAGUCAAGCAGUCCGACUUUGUCAUCAGGCCACUCGGAACGACUGAGCUCUGUCACUCCACCGACCAAGUCUUAUUACUCGCAUAUCGAACCCAGACCGACGAAGCGUGCCGCGGAUGACACAUUCCCGUCGCACCAGCAUGAACGCAUCCUCAAUCGUAACCGUCCCGGCCUCGAUUCUCAUUCCAGUCACCUUGAGAGCGAAAUGAUCUAUAGGCGGGCCGACGGCACGUUCGGUUGUCGCCAACCUAACGAGUGUGAAUGA